AUGUCCUCAACGCACUUCGCCACUUUUGCCUUCGCUCUCAUCGUCUGCGGCAAGCUUCUGGAAAGCAAUGCCCUCGCCAUCAUUAGGGACGACCAUUCGACUGGAUUUUAUUUUAAUGCUUAUUACAAACCAACAAUCGAUGCUACGAACACAACUUUUGGAUCACUCAUUUCAGUUACUAGUGAAUCGGACUUAGAGGUGAUACCUCGGGCAGGUCAACAUUUCAACCUAGUACUCGAUACCGGGUCCAGCGAUCUGUGGGUCACUGGUCAACAAAUCAAGAUUAACAGCAAGACAUCUGACAAUAUCAACCUCACAUAUGGAAUUGGUUCCGCCUCAGGAAACAUCGCUUAUACCACUGUUCAACUCGGGACUUAUCAAGUGCAAAAUCAAGCGUUUUUAAAUGUCGACAAACCGUACAAGCAAGCGACUGAUGGAAUUCUCGGCCUUGGCUUUAUAUCACUAUCCAUGAUCGAGAAAAAAAUCAAGAACAAAGCCGCCCGUCCUAUAAUGGCAAACCUUUUUGAACAAAAUCCGUCAACACCGAAUUUUAUGGCUUUGGCGCUCGAGCGCACGAUUGAUAGUGAAAAUACGUCUGGAGGCGCUAUCACGAUUGGAGAAUACGAUCCACGAUUCAAGGAUGUCUCCGGGACACCUAAAUACCCCCUUGCGCCUUCGACGUCAUCGCGCUGGACUAUCGCGCUAUCGGGCAUGCAGGUCAAUGGCCACAACGUGGCACUCAAGUCGACAGUCAAGGGAGCGAAGAAGGGGACUGCUAUUUCUCUCAUCGACCAGCGGAACCAGUUUGGCGUACAUUCCCUCCGACGCUGUGGAUGCGAUAUACGGUGCCAUAAGCGGAUCGACCAGGCAAAUUUGUCUUUCUCAUUCGGCAACGAUUAUUUGCCCAUUAACCCGCUUGAAUUGACGAGGCUUGCAACUUUUACUGACGGCAAUGCUCAAUACACUGUUUGCACCUCCGCAUUCCGUCCGCAACUGUCGAAUACAGGCUCGGAUAUGGAUUUUUUGCUUGGUGAUAUAUUCAUGCGCAACGUCUACUCUGUCUUCAACUUUGGUAAUAUCACAUCCAAUAACGACGACGACAGGGGUGCCUCAAUCCAAUUCCUCUCAAGGUCAAACAAGGAUCAGGUUUACCAAGAUUUCCAACAACAACGCACUCAGAACUUGAAGAACCUUCCGCCGUUGUACGAUUUGUCUAAAAUUCGUUCAGACGGAACUUCUUCGGAUGGUGGACGCAUCAAUUCUUAGUUGGCGUAUAC